AUGUCCUCCUGGUUACAGCGCCAUGUUGGUUCGCAACAGUCGCAGCUCGCUGCCACUGCGGUGAUCUCGGGGGCUGCAGUUGCAGGCGCGAUCCUUGGCUACCAGGCAUUGCGCAGAAAAGAAGCUGUGGACUAUCUGAAGGCCUCGAUUCCACCGAUCGACGAGAGACAUCAUGCAGAGAAGCUCACAGAGUAUGGCACUGCAGCUUCGUCAACACAGCUGAGUAAAGAAGAUGAACGCAGUGCAGCGCUUGCGCGAAGAGCGCAACAGGGCGACUAUGACGAUGACCUCAUACUUGAACAACUAGCCCGCAACCGUGUCUUCCUUACCGACGAAGGUCUCGCAAAACUCCGGUCGUCUUUCAUCGUCGUGGUGGGAUGUGGAGGCGUGGGAUCGCAUGCCGUGGCUGCGCUCGCCCGGUCCGGUGUAUCCAAAAUCCGUCUGAUUGAUUUCGACCAAGUUACUCUGUCCUCCCUGAACCGACAUGCCGUUGCCACUCUUGCCGACGUCGGUACACCUAAGGUGCACUGUAUCCGGAAGCGACUGGAGCAGAUCGUCCCCUGGGUCAAAUUUGACUGCCGGAACCAGCUUUUUGGGGGCUCUGUCGCCGAUGAUUUGCUAGCUCCAUGGUCGUGGGAUGACAGCGACAAGGGCCAGAAGCCAGACUACGUACUCGAUUGCAUCGACAACAUCACUUCGAAGGUCGAAUUGCUGCACUACUGCCAUGCGAACUCGAUUCCUGUGAUCUCCGCCAUGGGAGCAGGAUGCAAGUCGGAUCCCACGCGCAUCAUGGUCGGUGAUAUCUCGUUGAGCACGGAUGACCCGCUAUCACGCAGCACCCGUCGUCGCCUGAAGCUCCUGGGCGUGAAUUCCGGAAUCCCCGUCGUCUUCUCGACAGAGAAGCCCGGUCCCGGUAAAGCCAGUCUUCUUCCACUUGCCGAGGAAGAGUUUGCUAAAGGCCAGGUCGGCGAGCUCGGAGUACUGCCUGACUUCCGUGUCCGCAUCCUGCCAGUCCUGGGCACUAUGCCUGCGGUAUUCGGCUACACGGUCGCCAACCAUGUGAUCUGCGAUAUUGCAGGCUACCCCAACGACUACAAUGUCGGUGGAAAGGGCAGAGAAAAGUUGUACGAUAGCAUCAUGGCGUCUCUGCAAGGGCUACAGGAACGCCUGGCCAGAGCCGAGGCAGGAGAGAAUAUUGUCGGGCUCCGGAUCCCGAUCAGCAAGGACGAUAUCGCAUACCUUGUUGAAGAGAUAUGGAGAGGCAGAAGCGCGAUCAGUGGCCUGACCAACCGAUUGAUGCUGGUUCCCUGGCAACGACCGGCCAGAGGUUUCUUGCCUGAUCCCGAGUGGGAGAAGGAGGGACAGAAGUUCACACCGCUUGAUCUGAAAGAUCUCGUGUGCAUGACCAAGGAGGAAGCCACCCGCCACGAGCGAGAAGUCCUCCGCGGCGAAAAGAGCGUCGAAGAGCUAUAUGAUGAGAAGGUCCUGCAGAAGGUCAAGAGCAGGUUGGAGGAGGUGGAGUACCAUGAGAGAUUCCGGUGA